UGGACGAGCAGCGACAGCAACAGCGAGGGAGUGGGGGUGGCGGCGCACCUGACAUUUGGAAAAGUCACUGCGGCUAAGCAGCUCGGAGUGACUCGGGCGUCUGCUUGUCCGCACUAAGUGUAUCAUACAUACACGCAUAUAUACGGUAUAUAAAUAUAUAUAUCAUAGAGGUAGAUGGCAGGCAGAAUGAUACAGUGUCAAUAUUUCUGUCCUCCUCACAGGUCGCGGCACCGAGAAGCGGCUGUGUGGAUUUUUCAGGUGGGUGGGAGCGCGGGGGUGCGCUUUCGUAGUCCGGACCCCGUCGGAUCGGCUGCGUCGGAGGCGACUCGCCGCUGAUCGCCGACGCCAGGUGACGGCGCGAGGUUCGGUGACGCUUUGGCGUGUUGCCGGUGCUCGGCCGCCCCUCUCGCUCUUCUACCUCGGGCCCCUUUCGUCACCCAUCCUUACCUGCUCCUGUGGAUUCAAUGCGUUUCCUCCUCCUUCUUUUUGGCCAUUUUUUGGACAGAGCGGGGGGGCUUCGCUCCGAUUAGUAAGCGAGUGACGGCGUUAUUUUGGCAUUUUCGGGACGCCAUCGUGUUCUUCAGUCAAGGUCAAAGCGAACGCUGCCCCUUCCAGUGGGGCCGCGCACACAGCCCAGACACAACGGGAGCAGAAAGCCCCUCUUGAUGAAGAAACCAAUUGCAAGUCUUACCAGAACUAUGGCUGGACCGCAAAACUUUAGCCACGGUUUUGAUUUCACCCUCAUUUGUUAGGGAUCCGGUCAUUUACGUUCCAACAAGUGGGGACCGCACUCGCACUCGCCCUCGCCCUCGCACCUGCUCCCUCUGUGUCCUGCGGUGCCGUCUCAGCACUGGCGUGUCGGUGUCUUCAAAGCCGUCAUCACUGCUGGCUGCGCCCCCAUCUCCUCAUCUCCUCCGCUGCGCGGUGCGGUGAUCGUCCAGCGAACACAAACAGUCCGGCGACCAAUUAUGGAGUUCACCUCAGUUAGACGCGGGGACGCCGGAACCAGGAGCGCAAGAAAGGCCCGCGGACGAGGUCAAGCUUCACUUUUAAUUGGUGCUGACCAAGUGAACUGCGGUGUCCCUGGCUCUCGGCGGUGGAGAUCUAAGGGACGCGAGCUGUGCCACCAUUAGUGCGUUUGUGCGGCACACGGCGGCGUUCCUGAACUUCCGUCAUGCGUCAUCGCUCCCCUUCAGGCACGAUGUCGCCGUUGGAAAGUGCCUGUGAUUCUUACCGCUAGGCUCUCUGAUCAUCCGUCACGCAGGCGCCGGCGUUCGCUCGGCAGUCACGUGAACCACGACUUACUCUUGCUUUGAGACCCCCGGGACGGGAAUCGGCUGCACUUUAAAGGGAAGAGGAAAUUCUCCGAGCCGAGCGUUCGGCCACCGGGGACGGCAACCCGGGGAACGUCAGGAGAUCGCAGCUUUGCGUGGCACGCGAGAGAAGAACGGGGCCUGGCGGUCUUGGAGGUCCACGAUGGAGACGGUGGCGCGCGAGCCCACCCCACUCAUUCUUCUCCUCAUUCUCCUCCUGCUCCAGCCGACAGGACAAGGGGCCCCCGGGGCAGACGAUCCACGGCCUCCUCCCGGGAUGCGGGAGCGUCUGGCGUCCGACGCCACCCUGCCCUGCCUCCUCGGCCGGCUGCCCGCUCCCUCCCUCGAGAUGCCUUCCGCCGUCCGCUGGACCAGGGUCCCGAGCGGAAGCGCUGCGGGAGAGCGGCUGGUGCUGGAAGCCGUGGACGGCGCCCUCCGCUGGGGGGAAGGUUUCCAGGGGCGCGCCGGGAUGCCCGGCUACUCCCGCAACCAGAGCGACGCCUCGCUGAUCCUGACGGAGCUGCGAUCCAGCGACUCGGCCACUUACCGCUGUGAAAUCGCCGUGGGGCUGGACGGCGAACGGCACAGCGUCUCCCUAGUGGUCACCGGUGCGGUGUUCCACUACCGAGCGCCCAGCGCCCGCGGAGGCCUGUCCUUCUACGAGGCCCAGCAGGCCUGCCUGGAGAACUCCGCCCGGGUGGCCUCACCUGCGCAGCUGAUCAGCGCCUUCUGGGACGGCUACGAGAGCUGCGACGCGGGCUGGCUGUCAGACCACACCGUCAGCGUCUCUGUCCAGUCCCCGAGACCCGGUUGCCGUAGCGACGGGGACGGCUCGCCCGGAGUGAGGAGUUUGGGCCCCAGGGACCCUGGCGAGCGCUUUGAUGUCUACUGCUACACGGAGGACCUACGCGGGGAGGUGUUCCACUCGACCGUGCCGGGGAAGCUGAGCCUGGCGAGGGCUGUCGCUCACUGCCGCGCCCUGGGGGCUCGCCUGGCCACCGCCGGCCAGCUCCACCUGGCCUGGAGGGCGGGGCUCGACCGCUGCGACCCAGGCUGGCUGGCCGACGGCACCGUGCGCUACCCCAUCACGCGGCCCCGAGCCGGCUGUGGGGGCGCAGAGCCGGGGAUCCGCACCCUGUACCGCGACGCCGACCUCACGGGGGUCCCUUCCUCCUCCGCCCUCUUCGACGCCUACUGCUACCGGGAACAAGAGGGCAGCGAGGAGUUUGGGUUCACGGAGAGCCGCCUUCCGGCCAGUCGCAGCGAGGCCGGUGUGACUCCGCCUCCCAGCUCCUCCUCGAACCAUGAACCCGAACCAUCCGACCAGAUGGGUAGCCCGACCAGCCGCGAGCAGGAAGGAGCUCAUCGCACCGCGUUGCUGGGGGCCACGGGGAGCCGGUCCAAACCAGGCUGGAGCGGCCUCGCGGAGCGCGUGGGCCCUGAUGGUGGUCCGCACUCUGGCAGCGCUCCAGAAACCCCCCUCCCACCAGCAGCUCAGGGGAAGCCUGGGAGUCACGGGCUGAUUGCCGGUGAGGUGGAUGCAGGAGAAGACGAGGGAGCUGAUGGGCGCCGGGGGAAGUUCUCCUCCUCCUCAACUGACGGCGCCCUCCCCACCCCCCGCUCGACAGUGGACGCCACGGCUCCCCCUGCCACGGCUGCACAGGUGUACCGGGCAACAGGAGGCGCCGGAGAGCCCAGGGUGCCGACUGGCGAGGGCAGUCCGGCCGAGGAGUCCCGCGGGGCGUCAGACAGAACCCCGAGGAGAUCCACGGCUGACGCGAUGCUCAGUGCAGGAUCCACGUGCACAUCAGCUCCAGGCCCAGUUGGCGAUCCGUCAGCCGCUUCCUUGGGGGUCAGACACGAUGCACAGCGGAACCCAGUGGGUCCCGAGGAUUCGGGCCAAACCAUCUCCUUGGUUACCGUCCCCCUGGCAACGGCCGCCUCCACAGAGCCCCCCGAGGGCUACUCUGGCGAGGACCGCGACCGGGACUCCUCUGUACCGAGGUGGUCGGAGAAGGAGUCCGACGGCAGCGGCCUGGUCCAGCCUGCGACGCCUCUGGGUGGGUCGUCGGGAGAGGCCUGGAACGGCAAAGUCGCCGCAGAGGUCAGGGGCGAAGUCCUGUUCUCCCGCCAGUCCGGCGACACCACCAUCAGCACAUUUGCCGCCGCAACAGGCCCCUCCCUCUCGCCGCCCCCCCCCGUCGCGGCGCAAAGGCUCGCUGCCGAGGACGAUGGCGCCAUCAACGGGUCGCUCUUCAGAGAGGACGAGUCGCGCUCUGCGGGGUCCGAGGAGUCCUUCGCUGUCGGCCAAUACGAGAGACCCCCCACCCGGGGAAGACCGCAGGCCCCCCGGGCCCAGCCUCCACCCCCGCAGCCAGAUGUCCAGAAUGGAACAGGGAUUCCCAAUGGCACGCAGCUCUCUCCUGACGUCGACGACUGCCGGUCGAACCCGUGUCAGAACGGAGGCACGUGCAUCGACAAGGCGGACUCAUUUGUGUGCCUCUGUAUGCCGAGCUACGGGGGAGCCACGUGUGAAAAAGAUACCGAGGGCUGCGAGCACGGCUGGAGGAAGUUCCACGGCCGCUGCUACAGGUACUUCCCCCGACGGCACGCGUGGGAGAGCGCCGAGAAGGACUGCAGGGAGCACAGCGCACACCUCGCCAGCGUCCACUCGGCGGCCGAGCAGGACUUCCUCACGGGUCUGAGCCGUGAGAACACGUGGAUCGGACUCAACGACCGCACCGUGGAGGACGACUUUCAGUGGACGGACAACACGGAGCUGGAGUACGAGAGCUGGCAGGAGAAGCAGCCGGACAACUUCUUUGCGGGCGGCGAGGACUGCGUGGUGACGGUCGCCCACGAGGACGGCAGGUGGAACGACGUGCCCUGCAACUACAACCUGCCCUACAUCUGCAAGAAGGGCACAGUGCUUUGCGGAGCGCCCCCUGCCGUGGAGAACGCCUUCCUGAUGGGCCGUAGGCGGGAGCGCUACGACGUCCACUCGGUGGUGCGCUACCAGUGUGCCGACGGGUUCCUCCAGCACCACGUCCCCACAGCCAAGUGCCGCGCCAACGGGAGGUGGGACCGGCCCAGGAUCGCGUGCACCAAAGCAGGCCGCAGGUCCCACCGGCACCGCCGCCACCACCACAAAAGCCACCGUGAGCGCCGGAAGCACCGGCAGCAUGGGGGAGGAGCUCACGAUAGCCACGCCCACAGCCACACCCACAUGUGAACCCAGCACCCGCUGAUUUCCCUCAUCCCUCCUCGCAUCCCCGUUCAGUCGCCGUUCGAGUCCCUGCUGGGACCCGACUCCCUGGUUUCCUCUCCCCGAUUCCCUUCAGUCGUGUGGGAGAUGACCGUCGUGAGGGUCGUCGCUCAUCGGUGCUGAGUGGCCUGCGAUUCCGCGCCACUGAGGGCCACGUGUUUUUUAUUUUCCCGUGUGUGUGUGUGUGUCUGUCUGUGGUUUGCCUGGGAACAUGUUUACCGCAUGUUUUUUUGUUGACUCCAUGGUCUCCAUCUGUCCUCCGUUUCAUUUGUGCUCCGUUCGGAGACGAGAGUCCUGUGUUUUGUCCUCCCGAGUGGACGUUCCUGUAAAAGCGCUGUACGGUGGCCCCCGAGGGUCCCGUGAGACUCAGCCAGCAGGAGACGCCACCGCACGGAAGCGCAGGUAUAGCUGAACGGUUUUCUGCUCAUUUGAAGACGGUGCUGUGAUCGGCUCGUCAUAUUUGCCAUUAUUAAUCUUUGUCAUAUUGAGACGUGACGCUGCGUUCCUGCAGGCGGGACAGAGCUCUCAGCUGUCCCUCAGCUCACCGCUCGCUCGUCUCCUUCUCACCCCCAGACGCACCUCUUUCUUCUGCCUCGUGCUUCUCCCCUUUGACACGGUUCCGUCAGUCUCGCACCAGGAGUGUGUGUGUGUGUGUGUGUGUGUAAUAGGAGAAACAGGCCGUUUAGGUCCCUCAUAACAGUUCUCCAGCCCCUAAACAGAGCCCCUUUCUGGCGCAGCAUUGGUUGAUAAUCAGCAGUGUAACCCCCCCCCCCCCGAUAGGUAGUUGGGAGCUACCUGGACAUCGGCUAUGUUUGGGAGCCUGUGUGUUCGGGACCCUCAUCUCCAAGGUACAGACUCUCUUGUCUCGGCGUUUUUGUCAAUUCAUGUGCUCUUUACUCUGCCGUGUUCUUUGUACAGAUGAACCGUGAACUCAAUAAACUU